ACCUCACCCAUAUAGAAUAGAAUGUGUAUAUACAAUGUUGGGGUAAUAGGCCAACUCUGGCCUAAAUCCCAGGUCCAAUGGCGUACCUCACUGUAGAACCUCACCCAUAUAGAAUACAAAAUAAACAAACCAACCACACUGUUAAUCCAGGUUCUAUUAUCUUCAAUAAGCGACAGGAAGUUCAAUAAAUCAAAAGAUUAUUAAGUUUUUAACAUUCAACAAAAACUACAUAAACUGACACCUAUUGUGUAAGAAAGUUCUAAUUAAUCAAAGUAUUGAAAAGUUCAACAUAUUUACGGAAGCAAAACUUAUACAAUCGCUCGCAAAGUUGACAUCUGGUAUUAUUAGUUAUUGUCAAAGUAAUUCUAUUCAAAUAAGAGACUGAUGAUGUUGGUUAUUGGUGGGAUGUAUCUUUAGUACGGCGUUAGUAGGACUUGAAUUUUGUUUGCUGCAUAUUUAGUAGCACUUGGUUGUAUUUUGUUAUGGUUCAACGAGAAUCGUCCAACAAUGUGAUUGCUAGAUCACGUUCACGCAACAUAUCAUAGUUGAUCGUAUAUACGUGAUGUUUAGUAAGUUUGAGCGCAAUAACUACAUUUUACUUAUGGCGUGUUAGAAGGGAAUUGUUUUGGUGUAAAAGCUCCUGGUAUACAAAUAAUCGCAACAUUUAUUGUAACCUACGUUUUGUCUGCCACACGACGGUGUAUAAUUUAUACCAAAAGAUACAAUCAUAAUCUGUCUUGUAGCAGCAGAAUAUAAUACCCACUUUGUCGUUGCUUUUCGCCAUUUUUGUAUAAAUAUAAUGUUCGUUAUCGAUGCCGUAUAUAAUUGUUAUUUGUUACAUGUGCAGAUCAAUGUGUUAGUAAGAUACAUACGAAUGAUAGAUUGUAAUCUACCAAGAACCAUAUGCUGUGUAAAAACGGAUUUUCUACACAAGAGAUAACUUGGAAUAACGUUAGCCACGCGGAAGUAUAAAUUACAUCAUCGGGUCGAUAAUCUGGGAAGGUUUGGAAGUAUUGACUCUUAUAAUGGUGGAGAAUAGAUUGCGGAAUAUUUCAUCUAGCGGGAAUAGGUCGGGACACAAGCAACCGCUGACAGGCGGUAGAGCGAGCAGUAAUGAUUGGAGUAAAACAAGAGAGUCGAAGAAAAAAGGAAAGUUUGGUAAAAACGAGAGAGGGAGGGUGAUGACUUCGAGACUUCUGAUGAUGGCUUCUGCGGUGUGGUGGUGUUAUAAUCUUGAUAAUUGUGUGAAAGUGAACGCUGUGGAUCAGAUAUGUCCACCAGAUUGUGACUGCUAUGAUGAAUUCAAGGAGGUUUACUGUGAAGCGAGGGCACUGAGAUCUAUACCGUCAGAAAUCCCGUUCUCCGUAAACUCUCUCAGUCUUGGUAACAACAAUAUACGGGAAUUACAAAGAAAUUCAUUUCGUCAAAUACCUGGACUUGAGACUUUACGUUUGAAUGGAAACCAUAUACGAGACAUCCCAAGAAACGCCUUCUAUGGUUUGAAAAAGCUAAGAAGACUUGAUUUGUCCACGAACCGCCUAACCCACAUACCAACCGAGGCUAUGGCUCAGUUAGUAAGCAUACAGGAGAUAUCGUUAAGAGGGAACCCUAUCACUGAGAUCGUGGGGUAUGAGUUCAUACAAAUACGAGCAACAUUACGUAGUUUAGAUGUUGGCGAACUGAGACAUUUGAAAUAUUUAUCGAAUCAAGCGUUGGCAGGAUUGGACAAUCUUCAGGCUCUAAGCAUGGACUCGUGUGGUUUAAACGACAUGCCGACUGUGCGACCACUAACCAACAUACGAACCCUCAACCUUGCUAACAACCGAAUAUCCAUAUUGGAUUCAAACUCAUUAAAAGGGCUGCGAAAGUUGUCCAACUUCCACAUGGAAUACGGGGCGCUUGCAACUGUUGCAAAUGAUGCAUUCAACGAUCUAGUUUCGUUGGAGAUUUUAAAUUUAUCCGGAAACAAUCUGACGUCACUUCCGUCUACCGUGUUCCGUUAUACAACGAGAUUGACGUCGUUAAAGUUGCAACGAAACCCAUGGUUAUGUAAUUGUGACCUAUUACCUUUGGCAGGGUUUCUAUCAGACAGCACCGCAUGCACUGACGGGUUGUGUGGAACUUGCAGAUACCCGCCCACUUAUCGGGGCUUACCACUUGCUAACCUCACACGUAUUAAUAACCCACCAUGUGCUGCUCUAAUUAUUGGGGAACAAACAAGUCCAAGCCUGAACGUGUCUGUCGGCGACAGCGUUCGUAUCCCAUGUCCCACUUUACCCCCAAACCACCGAACCAGCAAGGAGAGAAUCAAAUGGAAAACACCAAACGGAACUUCAAUAAGACACGGCCAAUACAAAGUCAGAAUCACGAUGCUUGGAAACGGUUCUCUCAACUUUACAAAAGUGACUUUAAAAGACAAAGGUCUAUACACAUGCUCUGUGUCAAAGUCUGGUAACGAGGUGGCCAAGUCUACUGUGUUCUUGAAUGUUACAAGUCAAACCAAUGUCUUAACACCUUCAUACUUUGCUACUGAAACAAGUGUAAGCAAAGCUACAAGGAAUAAUGUUCAAUAUCAAAACCCACGUCCAACACAACCAGCUUAUGUACCAAAACCAACUACAGCACAAAACAGCGUUGCUGUGCAAUGGAAACCAACCACAAGAAAAUCAAACUCUUUCGUUCCCAUUUUAUCCAAACCUGAAUCACCUGCUAGUACAACACCUUAUUAUAAACAGAAGGAAAUCCAACAAGACUCCAUGAAUGAAGUAAUGCGAACGACCAAGAUCAUCAUUGGUUGUUUUGUUGGCUUAACAUUAGUUGCUGCCAUCAUACUUCUUGCAUUCUACAAACUAAGAAAGAAGAAUUUCUCCCAACGCAGGGAACCUUAUGGUGAGAAUGAAAGCAGUGGGCGUGGCGGGCCAAGAACCAAUUGCGCGGAAGCAAACUUGAUUGACAGGCAAUUAACCAAUAACGUUGCUUGUCAAAGAAUAGAAGAACCAAUGAACCAUAUCAAUAACUCAACUCCCAUUAUGACAUCACCAACAGAAUCAAUGUGGAUGAUGACAUCACAAUCAAACAACAAUCAAAACAUCACCCUCCCCCAAACAGCGGUCCAUGUCCUCCCUCCACCACCCGAGGAAAUGUUUCCUCACAAUAAUACAACAAUAUCAUCUAUGACAUCACAGAACACAUCGGUGACAUCAUCGCUCUGUUACCCCACCUUGAGGAAGAAGCCAACAGCGACACCCAGUGUCCCGUCAAAGCAACUUCUAAGCAGCUUAGCGACUUCUUGUCGCCAGGUGGCGUUAGAGCGCCGAUCGGACGGUUACAAACUGGGGAGUGAAAUUAAAGGGCCGCAUAAAUCGUGCAACGACUUGAAACGAGCGUAUGACGGCUUUCCACCACUACAGGAUGAUGUUUCACGCAUGAGUGAUAUUGACUUCGCAACAGCAGGCAGAACGAACAUUAAGCCGACUGGGCACGCUCAAGUCAGGUCGCAGUGUUGCGCAACCACAGAGAAAAAUCCCAAUAAAGAUGCGAAGUCUGGAAGCACUGCUGGACCACAAAGAAACCGAGAUAUAAUUCACAAAGUUGGUUCAGUAAACCAUCGUCCCGACCAGCCAUGCGUGGCAUGUUUGCGCAACUAUGGAGUUAAAGGCACGCGCCUCACUGAGAAUUGAUGCCUUGUGUGCGUUUGUUGUAUAAGAAUGUUCACAUUACAAUGAGGAAAUUAAUA